UGGGUUUAGAAGUGCUGCUUAUAGAUUUCAAUAAGAAGAGAUCAGAGUCUAGAUGCUGGUGUUGGAGAUGAAGAUGGAGGCUUGGAUGGAGCCUGAGUGACGAUCAAGAGGCGGAGAUGGGGAGGAGGUUGGUUGCAUGAAGGCAUCUGCGAGGGAUGAGAAGUGAAAUUUAAAGUACAUGAGGUGAAGCCUGGCAAAAACAUGACUGGAUUAGACCAGUGAUGUCCCAAUCAACUUGACAGAGUGAAAAAGUGGAAUAAAUGAAAAAAAAAAGAAAAAAAGCAGAACUUCAGUAAAGUAAAGUUGAUUGGAUCAGCAGUGAGCAGAAAUGGCAUCUUGGCUUGGACUGUUGCUGAUGAUGUGUGGAGUAUCUCAUGGUGUGGAAACUUACUGUGAUGGCAGACAGAAUGGGACCCAAUGUUAUGGAGCUUUGGGAGGAACUGUGAACAUCCAACUGAUGAGCCAAAUCUUAGAAAUACCCAGAUAUCAGCUGUUCAGAAAUUCAGUAAAAAUACGAGAUGUCAAAAAUAAUACAGUUCUUCCUAAUGUCACAGAACAUAGGCUGCUCUUUGUUCGCAGUAAUGUAACAUUUAGGAUCAAUAAUCUCAACAAGAAUGACAGUGGUAAUUAUACCCUUCAAUUCUUUUGUUCAGAUGGAACAUUAUCAGGUCUGUGGACUCUACGGUUGUUUAUUCAAGCUCCUGUGUCCUCUGUCCUGCUGGUCUCUGAGUGUCUGUCCCAGGGAGAGAUGAGGGUGUCCUGCUCCUCUGAGGGAGGGGACAGUCCUCAGUACAGCUGGACUCUGGAUGGACGCACACUGACAGAUGCUGAGCUUUCUGUAAAUAAUGAAACUAACAACAUCACUCUGAAACAGAACGUCUCAGGAUGUCUGGUCUGCUCAGUCAGGAACAACGUCAGUGAUGUCUCCAAAGAACAGUGUAUAGCUACCUGUGAAGCAGAUUUUUUGCCACUGAUCAGUGGUGUGGUUUCAGCACUGCUCAUUUUAUUAGUUGUGGGUGUAGCACUUGUUUGUGUUCAGAGGAAAAAACAAAAGAACAAAUCAACAAAAAAAGCAGAGAAAGAAGACCAAGAAGUAAUGUAUGCUGAUGUUAGGGUCAUGCAGCAGCAGGGCAAGCCAGUGGAUGAAGGAGGAGAAAAGGUGUUGUAUGGCCAAGUCAAGUUUUCAUAGUGAUCUCAUCACUCUGAACAGGAUUGUGAUUGAACAGGCGUGUUUAUAUGUCAACAUUCCCCAAAAAAUCAGUGAUGUCAAAAUGCAUAAAUGUCUUUUCGCUUGAUUUCCUAUCAGAAAAAUAUAAACCAUCAAAACGUAUGAAUACUGA